ACAACACGGGGCACAACGGUAGCAUCUGUUAAUGGGAUUUGAGACAAGCUCAUUGUGAUCAUGUGCAACGCUCGACGGUGCCGCCACCUCCAAACGGUUUACAGGUAGGUGCUAAUGUGUGUGACCGACAUUUACUGGUAUGCCUUUAUUCCCUAUAUAAAGUCGUAUUUUGUUUACCGAUCGAUAUACUUGCUAUCCCUUUUAAUUGGCUUUUUAUUACAAUGCGGCAGUCUCGGUAACGAGUCAGGGUCAUUGAUAUGCAGAUGUUGUUUCCCGUUGCUUGGAGACAUGCUGCAUCCUCUGCUCGAGCCGCACUGUGUACACAGACACCAGCACCGGUGUUAUUUAUUUCUCCUGGCAAUUACCGUGCCAUCAAUCACAGUAUGAUGUCCGCUGUCGGUCUCAUUCUUUGUUAACGGCCAUGUCACGUCACCGGUGAACAGGCACGUAUCUGGCAGAGGCCUCACAGUAAAUCAAUCCUACUCAGAGACAGCAUGCUUAUCCCUUUCUCUGGUAGGCCUACUGUAGGUUAAACACACCUCGCGGUGUGAAAGAGAAAAGUAGCCCAUAUGCCCUAUAUAGCCUAUCGAUCCCCUAUUCCAUAUUAUAAUGACCGUGUUUGCUAGUAUGAUUUCCAAACACAACAGAACAAAUGACAUAUUACCUAUUGGGCUAUAUAAAUGUGGGUUGUAGGCCUACCACACAAUAGGUCGUUAUUGUAAAAGAGAAUGUGUUCUCAAUUACUUACCUGCUUGAUUAUAUAAGGCAAUAGGGCCAUUAGGACGAUCAAACCCAAGAAAGCAAUAGCAUGGAUGGAAUUAGCCUACAUUGAGUCUAGGCCUAAACCCAGGCUGUGUGACUGUGUAAUAUAUAUACACUCAUUGUCAUUCAUGUCAAACACAUUUGCUUUUGUACUCUGGUCAUGAUGCUCAAAGGAGUGGAUUUUCACUGGAGCUGUCCUGGUGCUGAAAAGACACGUGGGUGCUGAAUAGGCGAGUGGGAAGUCACAUAUAGCCGUCUUUCCCUGCUGCUCACUCUAUGCCAAGUCGACCAUAUGGCUAGGCUCAUGUUUAUCCAAGAAUACAUGUAAUCCCCUUUAUAGAGUGGUGAUGUUGCCUAUCAACAAGGACAGCCAUGUAUGUUGUUCUAUUGCGUUAUUUGUUUAAAUGCUCCAUCCUUUUGGCUUAAGGUUCUAUAUUUACGCUCUAUAUAGGCCAAUAGGCUAUUAGACUAUGGUGUAUGUUUUGCUCUCAUUCUAUAGGCCCAAUACACACACACACACACACACACACACACACGCACACACACACACACACACACACACUAUACUUGUAAGGACUUUUUGAGGACCAAUAAUUGACUGCCAUUCAAAAUCCUAUUUUCCCUAACCCUAAACUUAACCCCUAACCCUAAUUGUAACCCUAAUUCAACACUAACUAAAAUAGCUUUUUUACAAGUGAGAACUGGCAAAAAUGUCCUCACUUAUAGGAAUUUUAAUUGGUUUACUAUUCUUGUGAGGACUUCUGGUACUCACAAGUAUAGUAAAACGUGUACACACAAACACACACUUUUGUUUUACUAUCCCUGUGGGGACAAAAGCCUUUUUUCACAUUCAAAAUCCUAUUUUCCCUAACCACAAACCUUAACCCCAAAUCCCUAACUCUAACCCUAAAACUAAACCUAGCUCCUAACCCCUAACCCUACCCAUAACCUUAAUUCUAACCCUAAACCUGCGAAAUGGCCCCACUUGUCCGAAUUGUCCUUGUUUUACUAUGAGGGCUCCUGGUUCCCACAAGGAUAGUAAAACCAAACCACACACGUACACACACACACACACACAGGCAGAGAGAGAGACAUCCAAAAACAUAAACAUGGUCAUGGUGGUCUUGGUCCACUUUGCAUUUGACCCACAUAUCAUCAGCAUGAAUGUCAUUAUACAGUGCAUCUGUGCAUUCCAUGGUCUCAAUAGUGGCAGCUUUUCUGUUAGAGGUUUAAGCACAAAUCUGCUUAGGAAUGUAUGGUAUUAGCGUGGUCAUGUCAAGCACGUGUAGCCUACUUUAGGGCCGACUGAAUUCCAGCCAAUUCCUAAAGUCUCGUUCAUGAUAGGUCUUCUUUGUCCCCCAGGGUCAAUAAAGCUCAUCAUCAUUGUCGGUGACCUUGUCUCAUUUUCAACCUAUUGCACCUAGAGGGCCAAAGAAUUAUACACUUGGGUAGACCAGAGCCCUCUUGUGUAUUGGACUGUGCACCAAAUAAUAACUUUUGUUACUGAAGUAUAAAUAAAGGAGGCAAAAAUCGCUGACCCACUGACUCCAGACGCACACAUGCAUCUCUAUUUCACAGCAGGGCCUUUCACAGCAGGGUGAGCAGAUAGGGGGUCUCGAGCUGCUCACACAGCAGUAACCUAUUGAGCUUGCCUCGGGACAAAUGUUUAUCCGGUCUCGUGGACUCCCUCAGUUUAACCAUUUGAGCCAAACGGUUUCACCGGCUUACCGUGGCUUUGGCAUCUGUCGCGGCAGUAUAGUCAUUAGCAGCGUUAAAACUUAUAGAGCUGUGGGGUUGAUUAAUGCGUUGUCUUGUUCGGCGGUGAUACGUCGUCUCUUCAUGCCCAAGAUGUGGUUGACUUUUCGUGGAGGAGAAAGAGAUGGACGAAAACGAGAGGAGGUAGGGUGUAAUCAUCCUAUGCAGACUUCGCACCAACGAUUCCAUGGUUCCUUCAGGGAAAAAGGCAACGUGUUUUCAUAGGUGUUAUUGUUAAUUGACCACAAAUUAUGAUGGACCCUACUUUCUUACAACACGCAACAACGUGCAUAGCCUACUGCUGGCUUUUAAAAUACACUAUCGCAGAGGCAAUAUGUAAAAUUAUUUUAACUGUUUUAAAUGGUUAGUGCAAAGUCAUGGAACUCCUGCGCCAUCACACGCUCUGGGGAGCGGUCGCUGUCCAGGUGUUGAAAAGCACACGGGAUUGUCUCUCGUCUUUUCGCCAUUCACACUCGCGUGACGCGCCAUUGUCCGCUGCUUCAUAAAAUAAUCGAUUUCAUGAUGUCUUAUUGGGCUCUGAGCAACAUUUGAGUCCAAUAGCCUGCAACAGGGAUGGGCAACUGGCGGCCCCGUCCAAUCUUUUGUAGGCCCAUGGAUACAUUUCCAAAGACAAUAUAUAUACAGUACCAGUCAAAAGUUUGGACACACCUACUCAUUCCAGGGUUUUUCUUAAUUUUUUAAACUAUUUUCUACAUUGUAGAAUAAUAGUGAAGACAUCAAAACUAUGAAAUAACACAUAUGGAAUCAUGUAGUAACCAAUUUUUUUUUAAACAAAUCAAAAUAUAUUUUAUAUGUGAGAUUCUUCAAAUAGCCACCCUUUGCCUUUAUGACAGCUUUGCACACUCUUGGCAUUCUCUCAACCAGCUUCACCUGGAAUGCUUUUCCAACAGUCUUGAAGGAGUUCCCACAUAUGCUGAGCACUCAUCCCAAACCAUCUCAGUUGGGUUGAGGUUGAGUGAUUGUGGAGGCCAGGUCAUCUGAUGCAGCACUCCAUCACUCUCCUCUUGGUCAAAUAGCCCUUACACAGCUUGGAAGUGUGUUGGGUUAUUGUCCUGUUGAAAACCAAAUGAUAGUCCCAUUAAGCGCAAACCAGAUGGGAUGGCGUAUCGCUGCAGAAUGUUGUGGUAGCCAUGCUGGUUCAGUGUGCCUUGAAUUCUAAAUAAAUCACAGACAGUGUCACCAGCAAAGCACCCCCACACCAUCACACCUCGUCCUCCAUGCUUCACGGUGGGAACCACACAUGCGGCAAUCAUCCGUUCAACUACUCUACUUCUCACAUAGACACUGCGGUUGGAACCAACCAUCAGACCAUAAGACAGAUUUCCACCGGUCGAAUGUCCAUUGCUUGUGUUUCUUGGCCCAAACAAGUCUCUUCUUAUUAUUGGUGUCCUUUAGUAGUGGUUUCUUUGCAGUAAUUCAACCAUGAAGGCCUGAUUCACGCAGUCUCCUCUGAACAGUUGAUGUUGAGAUGUGUCUGUUACUUGAACUCUGUGAAGCAUUUAUUUGGGCUGCAAUUUCUGAGGCUGGUAACUCUAAUGAACUUAUCCUCUGUAGCAGAAGUAACUCUGGGUCUUCCUUUCCUGUGGCGGUCCUCAUGAGAGCCAGUUUCAUCAUAGCGCUUGAUGGUUUUUGCGACUGCACUUGAAGAAACUUUCAAAGUUCUUGACAUUUUCCGAAUUGACUGACCUUCAUGUCUUAAAAUAAUGAUGGACUGUAAUUUCUCUUUGCUUAUUUGAGCAGUUCUUGCCAAUAAUAUGGACUUGGUCUUUUACCAAAUAGGGCUAUCUUCUGUAUACCACCCCUACCUUGUCACAACACAACUGAUUGGCUCAAACGCAUUAAGAAAUUCCACAAAUUAACUUUUAACAAGGCACACCUGUUAAUUGAAAUGCAUUCCAGGUGACUACCUCAUGAAGCUGGUUGAGAGAAUGCCAAGAGUGUGCAAAGCUGUCAUCGAGGCAAAGGGUGGCUAUUUGAAGAAUCUCAAAUAUAAAAUAUAUUUUGAUUUGUUUAACACUUCUUUGGUUACUACAUGAUUCCAUAUGUGUUAUUUCAUAGUUUUGAUGUCUUCACUAUUAUUCUACAAUGUAGAAAAUAGUAAAAAUAAAGAAAAACCAUGGAAUGAGUAGGUGUGUCCAAACUUUGGACUGGUACUGUAUAUAUAUAUACAUAUUUUUUAGGAACUCAGUCAGGAGGAUCACAACUUACUGUUAGUUAGAAGAGUAGAAUGCACAAGGUGCAAUUUCAAAAUGUGGUUGUGCAUCAGCAGCUUUUCUCUUGUUACAUCAGUCACUGUCAUUCACUUAAUUAGCCCAUGCCAGCUAACAUUUGGUAAGCUAGUCUAGCUGCCAGCUAUCUAAACUUGUAGUAAUCAUGGUUGAAUUACCAACCUGGCCCCGGUUGAUUUUGUUAGUCACUCUCACUCUGAUAUCAUAUUAAAAACUGCUAACAUUUCUUGCCGCCCCAUGGCAAAAUGUGUAGAAUUGCAUGAAAUUAGUUAAAACAUUUCCAAAUCUUCCAAAGACAAAUGGCAAAAUGUGUAGAUUUGCAGCAUUCUUGUUUUAAAACUGCAACAUUUUCUCUACACCCCAUUGUAAAAUGUGUAGCAUUGCAGGAAAUUAGCUCUAAAACGUCCAUUUUUUUCUCUUCGCUGUCAAGAGAGGAGAUGCUGAAAUGUUUUGCUCGCAAGGUGGGGAUAUGGAUGUGGGUGGGUAUGCAGAAUCGCGAGCCCCUGCUGCCCAACAUGAUGAGUUCAGAUGUUUUGUGGACCCCACCCCAUCCCUGACCUACAACAUUAAUAUAGAAAACACUCAAGUGCUGUGGUGUAAGUGACAUACUGAGAAUGACUGCUUUUCUUUCCAGGUAACAUUUUUAGAAGCUGAAAUGAUCCCCAAAUCAAGAAAAGCUUCAGACAGUAGAAAGGCAGUAAGCAUCCAGGAGAUUGCUGCUCUGGCCAGAUCCUCCUUAAAUGGUAAGAGACAGAAAGACAGACAGAUAUACACACACACACACACACACACACACACACACACUGAUUCACUUUCAUCUCACACAUACAAAUCAUGCGUCCACUUAGGGCUCGAUUCAAUCCGUAGCGCUGAAGACCUUUACUACAGCACCAUGGAAAUUUAAAGGCAAUGUUCCCUCUUUAGCGGAGACUGCAUUCACGGUAAAGGCUGCAUAUGUCGGCUCAAUCGGAAAUUACCUUUACAUUUCAAUCGCUCUAUAGUGCUGAUCUUCAGCGAUACAGAUUGAAUCGAGCCCAUAUACAUAGGAUUCAGGACCCAUCAUUUUUAGAGGUCACACACUCUCUUUAACCCAGGCCUCCUACUUCUCUCUCUCCAGGCAUAUCCCAGGCGAUGAAGGACCAUGUCACCAAGCCCACGUCCCUGCAGGGUGGCAGGGUCGCCCACCUCAUAGAGUGGAAGGGUUGGCCCAAAUCCACAGACUCCCCCACGGACCCUCUCCACACACACUUCAAGUCCUACUGCCACCUCACUGAGGGAGAACAGGAGGCGCGCUUCGCUGCAGGUGCGUGUCCCUCCACCAACUCAGCCAGUAAAGUAGAGCCACUGUCAGGUGAUACACACCAAUUUAAAACAAUUGAAUGUUGUCCUCUUUUAAUAUAUUUUAAUGUAUCUUAUCUCAUCUUAUCUCUUUUAGUUUAUUUUUCAAGAGGACGUAUACACCUUCUGUUUCUAUUAUUCAACUAAUUCUGCAAUCAAUGGUGUUUAAUCAAUGGCUCAGAUAGGAUCGUAUCAGGAAUAUGUCCUCUGUACGGUACUUUACUCUGUGGAUUUCAGUCAUUAGCAUAUGACGUCCAUGCUGACAAUUUUUGGGUCAAUUGGAUCAAUUUGUGUGCGUACGUUCGUACAUACUUGUAUGUGUGUAGUCCUGACCCCCUCUUUCAUCCCUACACCUGUCCCACAGCUCUUCUCUAACCCCUUCAUAUGUCUCAGCUCAGAUCUGUGCCCCUCCUGCGUCACCUACGUGAUGACGGCCUGUCCUAUGAGAGCCCAACAGAUGGUAGCCAAUUAGAGACUCUCCUCCAACUGUCACUUCACUGUCCCCUAGUGUCCCCAUGGGGAUACAGCCUCUCUCAUGUUCACUUUCUAACUACAGUUGAAGUCAGAAGUUUACAUACACCUUAGCCAAAUACAUUCCUGACAUUUAAUCCCAGUAAAAAUUCCCUGUCUUAGGUCAGGUAGGAUCACCACUUUAUUUUAAGAAUGUGAAAUGUCAGAAUAAUAGUAGAGAGAAUUAUUUAUUUCAACAUUAAUUUCUUUCAUUGCAUUCCCAGUGGGUCAGAAGUUUACAUACAAUAUAUUAGUAUUUGGUAGCAUUGCCUUUAAAUUGUUUAACUUGUGUCAAACAUUUUGGGAAACAUUCCACAAGCUUCCCACAAUACGUUGGGUGAAUAUUGGCCCAUUCCUCCUGACAGAGCUGGUGUAACUGAGUCAGGUUUGGAGGCCUCCUUGCUCACACACGCUUUUUCAGUUCUGCCCACAAAUGUUCUAUAGGAUUGAGGUCAGGGCUUUGUGAUGGCCACUCCAAUACCUUGACUUUGUUGUCCUUAAGCCAUUUUGCCACAACUUUGGAAGUAUGCUUGGGGUCAUUGUCCAUUUGGAAGACCCAUUUGCGACCAAGCUUUAACUUCCUGACUGAUGUCUUGAGAUUCCUCAUGAUGCCAUCUAUUUUGGGAAGUGCACCAGUCCCUCCUGCAGCAUAGCACCCCCACAGCAUGAUGCUGCCACCCCCGUGCUUCACGUUUGGGAUGGUGUUCUUCGGCUUGCAAGCUACCCCCUUUUUCCUCCAAACAUAACGAUGGUCAUUAUGGCCAAACAGUUCUAUUUUUGUUUCAUCAGACCAGAGGACAUUUCUCCAAAAAGUACGAUCUUUGUCCCCAUGUGCAGUUGCAAACUGUAGUCUGGCUUUUUUAUGGCGGUUUUGGAGCAGUGGGUUCUUCCUUGCUGAGCAGCCUUUCAGGUUAUGUCGAUAUAGGACUCAUUUUACUGUGGAUAUAGAUACUUUUGUACCUGUUUCCUCCAGCAUCUUCACAAGGUCCUUUGCUGUUGUUCUGGGAUUUAUUUGCACUUUUCGCACCAAAGUACGUUCAUCUCUAGGAGACAGAACGCAUCUCCUUCCUGAGCGGUAUGACAGCUGCGUGGUCCCAUGGUGUUUAUACUUGCGUACUAUUGUUUGUACAGAUGAACAUGGUACCUUCAGCCGUUUGGAAAUUGCUCCCAAGGAUGAACCUGACUUGUGGAGGUCUACAAUUUUAUUUCUGAGGUCUUGGCUGAUUUCUUUUGAUUUUCCCAUGAUGUCAAGCAAAGAGGCACUGAGUUUGAAGGUAGGCCUUGAAAUACAUCCACAGGUACACCUCCAAUUGACUCAAAUUAUGUCAAUUAGCCUAUCAGAAGCUUCUAAAACCAUGACAUCAUUUUCUGGAAUUUUCCAAGCUGUUUAAAGGCACAGUCAACUUAGUGUAUGUAAACUUCUGACCCACUGGAAUUGUGAUACAGUGAAUUAUAAGUGAAAUAAUCUGUCUGUAAACAAUUGUUGGAAAAAUUACUUGUGUCAUGCACAAAGUAGAUGUCCUAACUGACUUGCCAAAACUAUAGUUUGUUAACAAGAAAUGUGUGGAGUGGUUGAAAAACGAGUUUUAAUGACUCCAACCUAAGUAUAUGUAAACUUCUGACUUCAACUGUAUUUCUGAGACAACUCUCUGUCUGUCUGUGUCCCCAAUUUUUUUUGUGUGUGUGUGUCCAUUUCCAGGAGUUGCAGAGCAGUUUGCUAUCGCUGAGGCAAAGCUGAAAGCCUGGGCUUCUGUGGAUGACGAUGAGGAAGAAGCUGAUGAAGAGUUCCUCCAGAACAACAGAAACACACUCACACUCUCUACCCAGAGCUCAGGUAAACACAUACACCCACUUUGCACAGAAGUACACCCAAUAUCUGUGUCAUGCAUCUCAUCAUGGGUGUUUCGAUCAUCAUUGCCACCUAAGGCUUUCAAUCCGCAUCGUGGAAAUUCAGCGUUACAGCGUGAUUUAAAUUUAAAAGCAAUGUAACUGUAACGCAUCAGUUUUACAGAUUGAAUAGAGCCCCUAGACUCGGUGCUAUGCCCCAAUAUCCCUCUCUCUUCUUUCUUUCCUUCCCUGUCCGUCACUCGUCCUCUUCUCAUCCCUCCAUCUCUCUCUUCUCAUCCAUCUCCAGGUGUUCUGACUCUUUGCUCCUCCCUCAGACACUGCAACGUCCAAUCACAAGCCUCGAGUGCCAUUCCAGGCUGAGAUUGACAGCAUUAAAGUUCCGCCCUCUAUCAGCUCAACCAGUCCUGUGGGCUCUAGCAGCAAUAGCCUGCACUGUGAUAGGCCCACAUCUCAGAAUGACCCGGCUCCACAGCAAAACGACCAGCCUACUCUAGAGAGUGACCGGGCUAGCCCUUUCCCCAGAGAGGGGGAACUAGUGGAUGGUGAGGAUCAGCCUGUACCACUGCUAGAGGCCGGCGGGGGUGUCUGUAUCGUCCACAAGCCUGACUGGAGGCCGAGAAUCAGAAGCAGUAGGUUUGACUCCUGCUAUUCAACCUCUCACUCUGAGUCUCUUGGAGAGGAGGAAGCGGAAGAGGGGGGUGAAGAGGGGAGUGUGUUUCAGGAAGGUAGAGAGUGGCACUCCUGCCAGAGCCAGAGAAGCUUCUUCUCCGACAGAGGCUCGUCAGGAGUGGCGUCAUUCGAUGAGGAAGAGUAGGAGGUGGAGGAGAAGAAAAGAGAGAGCAUUUGAUGUUAUGUGUUUUUUCAUCUUGUAGGUGUACCCCUUGGAUAGUCUGUUGACUCUUAGAUAUGUAACUUAGUGAUGGCUAGCCUUUACCCAUCUUCCAUCCUUCCUUCCUUCCUUCCU